UAGCGUUCUCCUUUACUCCAAGUUUUAAACAUGAAUUAACGUUGUCUGUCUUGUCUGUUCGCAACAGUUUCUGUGCAUUGUAACUUGAAUGAUAUAUAUACUGUAUAUCAAUGCAAACAGGAUAUGUACACAUUACAUGUUUUUAGCAUUUGGAAUGGAAUAUGGACUUUUAUAUCAAGAAUGAAAUUAUGGGAACGGUAUGUGACUAUAGCAGUGACCAGUGUAUUCGGGAUUUUCAUAUUUUAUGUAACCCUUUUAAAAAAGGAACAGGCCAUUAUAAGAUGCCCUUACUUCUCCAGCUCUAAACCAAUCCGGAUUAAUGAUUUGGCAUUUUUAAUUGAUCGGAAAGAAAACAUUAAAAUUACUGAUGGCAAUGGAAAAACGCCAGAGUUGACAACUGGUGGGUUUGUCGAACAAGAUUUAAUAUUAAGUGAUGUUAUCCCAGUCAAUAGAAAUGUUCCUGAUUCCAGACAUGAAAGGUGUAAAGAAAAGGAUUAUGAUUUGAGCAAUGAAACGGUAUCUAUAAUAAUUGGUGUAUAUAAUGAAUGGCCAUCAAUUUUACUCCGUACUAUAUAUAGUAUUAUUACAAGGACCACGAUUCAUUUUAUUAAAGAAAUUAUCAUCAUAGAUGAUGCCAGUACUUCAGAUUUUAUGAGGUAUGAUUUAGCUAGAUGUAUUGAGGAGCUGUUUUCAAAUGAAUUAAUCAAGUUAAUUAGAGUAGAAGACAGGGCGGGAAUAUUACAAGCAAAACAAACUGGUCUUCAGCAUGCCACAGCGGACAUCGUAGUCUUCUUAGAUUGUUGUGUAGAAGUCAACCACCAAUGGUUGGAACCGCUUAUACACGAAAUACAGCAGAACCGAAACACUGUGGCUUUGAGUGUAAUAGACACCAUAAAUUCUACUACAUUUGAAUACAGUUGGCAAGAAGAUUUCCCGCAGCAACAAUAUGGUUUUGAUUGGUCUCUAUCUACAUUCAUAAUACCAUAUAGGAAAGAUACACCUGAGCAGGAUAUCACCCAGCCAUAUCCAGGAAUAAUAAUGACAGGAACCAGUUUUGCUGUGGACAGGAAGUUUUACUACCAUCUUGGAGAGUUUGACGUGGGUAUGCAUUCAUCGGGAGGAAGUCAAUAUAUAGAACUGUCCUGGAGGGUUUGGUUGUGUGGCGGUCGCCUUGUUCACGUUCCUUGUUCUAAAAUUGGACAUAUUCCAAACCAGGAGGAUACUACUCUGGACUUGUAUAAUUAUAAAAGAGCAAUCGAAGUUUGGAUGGAACCAAAUUUAAAACAGUUUGUUUAUGAUUUCUAUAACAACCUGACGGAUCUGUAUGCUGGCGAUUUGAGUAAACAAAUUUGGAAGAAAUCCCGAAUGAGUUGCCACCCCUUUCGUCGGUAUUUAAGUAAUAUAUGGCCAGGUUUACUGGUGUAUAAUGAGGAUGUAGCUGCAUGGGGGUCGGUCCAGAAUAUUUUGACAGGGCGUUGUCUCGAUAACCAUGGCUAUUUAUAUGAAGGACCACAAGAUUUAUUUGCAGAAAUUUGUCAUUAUAAAUAUUUAAUACAGGGCUUUUCUUUGACGAGAGAUGGUGUUUUAAUAACUACUUUACAUUGUGUUAAUGUGGCAGAAUACUCCUCGAGUUCCAGACCAGUUUUAGAGAAAUGUCUGCACGGGUCAUUACAAAAAUGGACACAUGUGAAGAGAGGCCAGAUAAAACAUGUAAAUAGUAAGCUAUGUUUAGAUUUAGAUUAUUGGGGACCUAUUAUGAAGACAUGUCAAUCAGAUAAAUUAACGCAACAGUGGAUGUUUACCAAAUAUGAAUAUUGAAUGAAUUAACUCAUUAUGUACACACUUAAUAUAAAAUCAUACUGGAAAGAAAUAUUUACGGAUGACACGAUGGACAGCAAAAUACUAUAUACCGUAAUUCGAAAAGUUCGGAAAGAUUCUAUGUACAAUUUAGAGAUCGGGGCCCUUAAAUUUUAAGAAAUACUGCAACUUCAUUGGAUAUAUGCAAAUUGGUUUUACUGGUCAGCCAAUCGAAUUGCAGUAUUUCUUAAAAUUUCGAUUGUAUCUUAGUUUAUGUUUUCGCGAAUAAGGGCCCUGGUAUUAAUAGUAUACAAUUACUAUUUAUUAUGGACAUUUUAAAUUUUAAAAUUGUUUUUAACUUUAUAUUUAUGUCUAUGCACGUGAUUUGUAUAAAGCUGUACUGUGUUUCCUACUUUGUUAAAAUGUUUCUUUAUAUUUUUGAGCGCGCACGCUGUUCAUUUGUGUAUAUAAAGACCAUAUCGAUUCAAA